AUGGGCACCUCUGCCGACCUGCUCCUGCUGCUGCUCCUGGGCCAGUGCUGGGCGGGGGCCAGUGCCGACCCGGAGGCUGUGGUCUGCGCAGACACUGCCUGCUACACAGCCCACUGGGGCAAGCUGAGUGCGGCCGAGGCCCAGCUCCACUGCAGGAAUAACGGGGGCAACCUGGCCACGGUGAAGAGCGAGGAGGAGGCCCAGCACACGCAGCAAGCCCUGGCCCAGCUCCUGAAGCUUCUGAAGGCGCCCUUGGGCGCUCGGAUAAGUAAGUUCUGGAUUGGGCUCCAGCGGGAGAAGGGCAAGUGCUUGGAUCCCAGCCUGCAGCUGAAGGGCUUCAGCUGGGUGAGCGGCGGGGAGGACACGCUGUACACCAACUGGCACAAGGAGGUCAAGAACUCCUGCAUCUCCAAGCGCUGUGUGUCUUUGCUGCUGGAUCCUUCGUUGACACCCCAGGCCGGCCGCCUCCCCAAGUGGUCCGAGAGCCCAUGUGGGUCCCCGGGCUCUCCCGGAAGCAACAUCGAGGGCUUUGUGUGCAAGUUCAGCUUCAAAGGCAUGUGCCGGCCGCUGGCCCUGGGGGGCCCAGGCCAGGUGAACUACACCACUCCCUUCCAUGCCACCAGCUCCUCUCUGGAGGCGGUGCCCUUUGCCACCAUGGCCAAUGUGGCCUGCGGGGAAGAGGGCGAGAGCGGGCAGCAUUACUUAAUGUGCCGAGAGAAGGAGCCCGACGUGUUCGACUGGGGCAGCUCGGGACCCCUCUGUGUCAGCCCCAAGUAUGGCUGCAACUUCAACAAUGGCGGCUGCCAGCAGGACUGCUUUGAGGGGGGCGACGGCUCCUUCCGCUGUGGCUGUCGGCCAGGGUUCCGGCUUCUGGAUGACCUGGUCACCUGUGCCUCUCGGAACCCUUGCAGCUCCAACCCCUGCAGAGGCACCGCCACAUGUGUCGCUGGGUCCCAAGGAAAAGACUACACGUGCCACUGCCCCCCAGGUUAUCAGCUGGAUUCUAGCCAGCGGGACUGCGUUGAUGUGGAUGAGUGCCAGGGCAGCCCCUGCCUCCAGGAGUGUGUCAACACCCCCGGGGGCUUCCACUGUGAGUGCUGGGUGGGCUAUGAGCCCAAGGGUGGCCUUGGAGAGGAGAGUUGUCAGGACGUGAAUGAGUGUGCUGCGGACAUCUCACCCUGUGCUCAGAUCUGCACCAACACCAAGGGCUCGUUUGUCUGUUCCUGCCAGAAGGGCUACCAUCUGAUGGGGGAGAACAGAACCCAGUGUGAGGAUGUGAAUGAGUGUGCAGACCCAAAGAAGAAUCUCUGUCAAGGCAACUGCUUAAAUACUGAGGGGUCUUUCCAUUGCACCUGUGAGCCAGGCUGGGAGCUGGCCCCCGACAAUGUCUCCUGCAUCAUGGGUUCUGUGUCCGCAGGGUCAUCAACUGGGGCUUCCCAGAGCGAGGACAAAGCAGAUAGAGAGCUCAAACAUGCAUCUUUUACCACCAUGUCCAGCCUCAUCAUGAACCCCGAGGGCACAUCUAAGGUGGCCCCUACCGUGAGGAGACCUUUCCAACGCCACAGCAUACUCAUCACGCCAGUCCCACCUGAGAUGCUGACCCCCAGUAGGCCUCCUGACAUCCAGAUGGAGCUCAGCACCCACAACCCCAUGGUCAUCACCAGCCUGGAGGAGUCCACAGGUCGGGACUUCAUGGCCAAACAAAGUGAGGGCACGGAUGGGCAAAAACUGCUUUUGUUCUACAUCCUGGGCACUGUGGUGGCCAUCUUACUCUUGCUGGCUCUGGCUCAGGGGCUACUGAUCUAUCGCAAGAGGAGAGCGAGGAGAGAGGAGAUAAAGGAGAAGAAGCCCCAGAGCGCAGCAGACAGCUACUCCUGGGUUCCAGAGCGAGCUGAGGGCAGAGCCAUGGAGAAUCAGUACAGUCCGACACCUGGGACGGAUUGCUGAAGGUGAGGUGGUCCCAUUGAGCGUGGACAGUUGGCUGCCACCAACCUCAGAAUUUUACAUGCUCCGUGAGAAGGGGGACUUUCAUCCUUCCAAAAGACUGAAUUGGAAUCUUGUCAAACCAUUCUCAACCUCUCCUUGAAAGUCUGGCUUGAAAUGUGCAGGUAUUUUCUACUUGAGUCAGGUGUUCCUGAAGCGGAAACUACAGGUUGGGGUGUCAUUGUGGAGAUUUUGUAAAUAUCAAUGAUUCUCACUCGCCUUUUUCAAAUUUUAAUGUGAUUUGUUUGUUUCUUGGAUGCUGAUUUUGGGUGGGGUGCUACAGAUCAGGUGCUAAUAGGACUACUUUUGAACAGCCUCUCUGCUUACUUGAGUAAUGGGGAAAAGACCCUCUGCUCAUGUUAUCUGGGGCUGAAAUCAUUUGUUCCUCUUAGGGUAAGAGCAAAUCAAGUGUACUAUUUUAUUAUAUAAGAAGCUUUUUGGGGUGGGGAGAGUCAAGUGAGCAAAUUCAGGACUGGAAACUUUUCUUUACAUUUCAUUUCCACAUUUUCCCAUCAUGAGUCCCGCUGAGUGGUCGUUGGUGACAUCCCCCAAGUGAGCAAGUAGAAGUACAAGGAACGACUUAGGUAGCGAAGAGCCUGGGAUUUCAGAAAUCUAGUUCUCAAGAUUUGUCUUGGGUUUAUUCCCAAGUGAGGUCUGAAUAAUGUGGGGAACGUAUGAAGUGAGUUAGAAGUGGUUUUGAAAACAUGUGGUCUCAGGCUAGAGAGAGAGACCAGGGGAUUGUUUCGUAAGUACUUGAAUGUAUUCAUCCAAACAUAUUAAUGUUGACACAUAUUCGACUCUUGCUGGAGAAAAACUCAUACGGAAGGAAGUCCAGGACAACUGCACUAGCGCGUGCAGCCUCCAACCUGCUCACCUUCUCUGCGCGCUGCUCUGACUGGGUGGCCUUUCUUUGCUAGUACAUAAAAGAUGUGCUAGAGAGUUUCUCAUUCUGCUGGUUACUGAGGCAUUUGUGAGGGAGAGGGAGGAGCUUCUGAGUUUUGAAAACUGUCAUAGUAGAACGUCUUAGUAGUUCACCUUUCACCUUGCCUCCUGACAGCCUGUUCCUGGUUUGUAGCUGCAGACACAGCCCAGUUCUAAGCAGCCAGCUGCUAAGGACCUGUGGUUUCUCUCUUUUCCUGAAAAUGGGGGUAGGGAGGGAAGGAAAAGAGGAAGAGAACAUAACGGAGGUUUUUGAACAUCAAAACUACAUUAAGCAAUUUUAAUGUAUAUGCUCAUCAUUAAGUGACCCCUCUGUGCAGUAGCAAGAGGUUCCUGAUGGUUAGAGCUGUUUGCAGCUGGGAGGUGAGGUGUCUUGGAGGGUUUUCUGCUGCCACUGUGUACAGCAGCAGAGGGGAGUUUUCCACCAGGGUGUCCUCCUUUGCUUAGAAUGAGAGUACCCCAUAGUUUUGGCUUCACCCCAAAAAUGCCUUUGGCCCGUAGAUCUGUGCCCUGGGCAGGAAUUUCCACCAGGUGCAUGGCCUUCAAAGUUAAGCAAAUAUCCUUUUGCCAAGUUUGAAAAUAUAUGCAGUAGUUUUAAUUUUUUUUUUUUAGAAAGACAAUGGAAAGCUGAAGAGGAAAGAUGAGGCUAAGUGGGGCGCAGUGGGGUGUCUGGAACUUGUGUUUCUAAAGUCAGCUGGUCUUCUUCAGUUUUCAGAUGGAACACAGAUUCCUUUCUAGGAGAAAUAAGCCAUGUGGCCCAUGGCAUUCUCUUGUAUGGGAACCGAUCAUCCAGCCAUGUAAAUGAUUUUACAGACUUGGUCAAAUGUGACCAGUGUCUGUAUAUACAGGAAAUAAAUGCAAAUUCAACAAUUUUACAAUUCUUAUCCUUAUCAUUCCCGGGAAGGAGGCUUUCCUACUGUACUUCCCAUCAACCUCUCCGUGGUCCUGCGAGUCGUAAACUGGCUGAGAUCACCAGUGAGACCUUUCAUCUCAGUGUUUGGAUUUCCUACACAACCCAGUCUCGUUUUGUGAUUUCUGUUCCAAUUCCUCUGUGGUUGGGAAUAUGAAGCUUUGUUCUACACACCCAGGAGAUCUUGGAUCCCUGCAGUGGAUCCUCGUGGAGAAGGAGAUUAACAGCAAAGUUUCUCAAGAUCCCCUCAGGUAAUCAGCUCUUUCCAAAUGCAGGGAGCUCUCUCUAGAGGCCAAGGUCAAGGAAUUGAAUAGCCUCUAUUAGGGAACCUGAUGAAGUCUUGUGUCUUCAAAGGAUGCUCUAUUCUUCCAUUUUAAUGCCACUGUCAUUUUGUCUGUGGUCUGCAACUGUUUGUUUGAGGAAGCUUGGAGGCCAUAGAAGUGCAAUCCACUGUUUAUUCAGAGGGACCCCAGACUGUGACUUAGCAAGGGAAAUGGAGGGUAGAGAGUGGGGAAGGGAGCACUCUGCUUGCACCACAGACUCCUCCGACUAUGCCCUGACCUGGGGAGGUGGGGGUGGCAGGUGAUUCUGUUCUGUCCUGUCCUGUCUAACAACAGAACAAGCUGGGGCGAGAAGGAGAUAGAGAAGUUUCCACUGAGCAAUAGGCUCAAAAACAAUGGAGACUUCUGUCCAAAUACAAUUUCCCAUAGUUCAGUAAUUCUGGGAGUCGUUUGUAAAAACUGUAUUAGGGACACAAUCACACCCUCUGAACUCCCAAGGCAGUUCAUUUAAAAGGGAGGCACUUAGCCCACUAUGCCUAUUCCUGGACUUUUGGGACAAUUGCUGACCAUUUUUUGUUAUUUACUAUUUGGAGAAGCCUGUGCAGGUUGUUCCCCCAGGGAGUCUCUGGGGUGUCAAAAACCAAGGAUGGGCUAUGAUCUGAAAAUGCUUGGUAGAGGUAGUCUCAGUGAGCAUUCUCUGUGGGAUGAACGCCCUGCCCACCUGUAACCAUCUGGCACCACCUCUUGUGGCCACCCAUAAACUGAACUUGAUUUUACUGACAUGAUAACUUGACAUUCCACCUUCUUCCCCUGGCAGCUUGAAGGGGUUAAACUUACUGGGUUCUGACCUGCAGCAGAUUGCAGUGAUUGCUAAGCUUGGCAAGGCCGACUAUAGCCCUAAGUGUUAUUCAAUGAUAGACUUGCAACCUUUUGGAAAGGCUCAUUAUAGCAUCUUCUUCAACAUGUUAGGCCAAAAAGUGGAAUAAAAAUGAAGCGUAUGUGUGUGCAUGUAUAUGGACACUUUGUAGGAGGAAUGGGAUUGAAGACAAUUCUCUUGAAUACAUAGGUGCAUGUUGCUGUUCUCUUUUUAUCUUUAUCAUUAAGCUUAGUUUGAAAUUAUUUGUCCUAGAUUUUUAUCACCAAACAAGAAAAAAUAUGGACUUGGUCACUAGGUACUUUGUUACAAUCCUAUUUCCCAUAAAUAUUCCUGUGAAAACUAAGAACAGGAAUGAGAUUUGACCAAAAAUAAUUUACUAAAACUCAAAAUAACAGUUUUUUAAAGGAAAUGUAGGAAAACCUUUUCCUAUUAUUUUUUCUUCUUAGCUGCUCCAUUGUCCAAAUUAGCAAAACAGGAAAGCAUUGCUUUCUAGCAGCUGCAAAGUGUUGUAAUGUCUCGUGGAUAUUUCCAUCACCUUAAACAAUAGCUUUAGCAUGGGAAUCUGAAAUAUGAUCUCUGAAAACAUCUGUCCCUUCUUUAGCUGCAAAACUCGCUACUUAAAUUUGUCUUGUUUGUCAAUCAAAAAAGAGGAUAAUCAUCAAAAUUCUUCAUGUAUUCAAUAACCAAGUAACUUACUGCAUUCCAGGUUCCCAAAACAUUCACUGAAGUACUUUUUAAAAAAUGCAAUGUGUUUUGCUCUUUUUUGGUGAUAAUGUACAUUUAUUUUAGGAAGAAGCUCUGGAAUUCCUUUCUUGCAUUGUUUCUCUUAUCUGCAAGGUGGCAAGCAUUUCCUUUCAGCAGAUUUCUCUUGCUGUUUCUGGGGUUGCAAUUCUUUUUGCACAGUUGGCUUAAGCUUGAAUUAGAUCUCCCACAGGCCUCCCUCUGUUAGAUGCAACUGCAAAUAUCAGUGAUCACUUCAUGAACACGAACAAAAAUAAAAGUAUUUCUAAAUAUGUGCAUUUGAAAUUCGUUCCAUGCAUUUUGGAAUCGUGGGUUUUCCAUGUUUAUUUUCUUCCAAGUGUGAGUGUUUCCCAGGGUGGGGGGUGGGGGGUGGUGGUAGGAGGUUGGACUCUGAGAAACCAAGUGACAUUUCAGUCACUGUAAAGUAGUAAUGGUUUGUCAUCCUUUGUUCUUUGUGUUAUACAUCUAUCUAAUAAACUCUGA